GGAAGUGUGCCAAAGGUAUCGGUGCUGUCGCUUCCGGUCCGGGUAAACGCACCUUAGGUACAAUGGUGUGUGGCGUGCGAAGAUAGGCUUCUGAGGGCAAGUCAGCGAGUGAAGACGGGAGCGCCAGAAUCUGUGGACUCAGAAGUCUAGAGUCAAGUGGAAAAACCGGAAAAAAGGCCAGGAACCUGAAUACGACCUAAUAGCUGUUUCCGAGGGGGCAACUUCCACGGAGAACCUUCUGCCCUGGUAACGGCCAAAGAGGAGGAGAUGGCGCCAGUCAGGGAGCGGCCGUGGCCCAGACAGUGAGGAAGCGCGAAGGCGGAGCAACUGAGGAAUCCCCCGGAGAAGAAUCGGAGCCGUCGCUACCGCCACUACUGCCACCACCAUGGAAGGAGCAAAGCCGACAUUGCAGCUCGUGUACCAGGCAGUGCAGGCGCUUUACCACGACCCAGAUCCCAGCGGAAAGGAGCGCGCCUCAUUUUGGCUUGGGGAGCUGCAGCGUUCGGUUCAUGCAUGGGAGAUCUCAGACCAGUUGUUACAGAUCCGACAGGAUGUGGAAUCAUGCUAUUUUGCUGCACAGACCAUGAAAAUGAAGAUUCAGACCUCAUUUUAUGAGCUCCCCACAGACUCUCAUGCCUCUUUACGGGACUCAUUGCUAACCCAUAUCCAGAACUUGAAAGACUUGUCACCUGUCAUUGUAACGCAGCUGGCUUUAGCAAUAGCAGAUCUUGCCCUACAGAUGCCUUCCUGGAAGGGAUGUGUGCAAACACUGGUGGAAAAAUACAGCAAUGAUGUGACUUCUUUGCCUUUUUUGCUAGAGAUCCUUACAGUGUUACCUGAAGAAGUACAUAGUCGUUCCUUACGAAUUGGAGCUAAUCGGCGCACAGAAAUUAUAGAAGAUUUGGCCUUCUACUCUAGUACAGUAGUAUCUCUAUUGAUGACCUGUGUGGAAAAAGCAGGAACAGAUGAGAAAAUGCUUAUGAAGGUUUUUCGCUGUUUGGGAAGUUGGUUUAACUUGGGAGUUUUGGACAGUAACUUCAUGGCUAACAAUAAAUUACUAGCACUCCUUUUUGAGGUUUUGCAACAGGAUAAGACCUCAUCUAACCUACAUGAAGCUGCUUCGGACUGUGUAUGCUCAGCUCUCUAUGCCAUUGAGAAUGUGGAGACAAACUUGCCAUUAGCCAUGCAACUUUUUCAGGGAGUGCUGACAUUGGAGACUGCCUAUCAUAUGGCCGUGGCACGUGAAGAUUUAGACAAAGUUCUGAAUUACUGCCGUAUUUUCACUGAACUAUGUGAAACUUUCCUUGAAAAAAUUGUUUGUACUCCAGGCCAAGGUCUUGGGGACCUUCGAACUCUGGAGCUGCUUCUUAUCUGUGCAGGACAUCCUCAAUAUGAGGUAGUAGAAAUUUCAUUUAACUUUUGGUACCGACUGGGGGAGCAUUUGUACAAAACUAACGAUGAAGUUAUUCAUGGCAUCUUCAAAGCUUACAUUCAGAGGCUGCUUCACGCCUUGGCUCGACACUGCCAGCUGGAACCAGACCAUGAGGGGGUUCCUGAGGAGACUGAUGACUUCGGGGAGUUUCGGAUGAGGGUAUCAGACCUGGUAAAGGACUUGAUUUUCUUGAUAGGGUCUAUGGAGUGUUUUGCUCAGUUAUAUUCUACUCUGAAAGAAGGCAACCCACCCUGGGAGGUGACAGAAGCGGUUCUCUUUAUCAUGGCUGCUAUAGCAAAGAGUGUUGAUCCAAAGAAGCCCUUUAGUAAUGCUGUGUGUCAUCACAGCCUGUUAUUUGGCCAGAAUAUAACCUCUGAAAUCAGUAACUGUGAGUACUUACCGCCUCUACUCAGGGAAAACAAUCCAACACUUGUGGAAGUCCUAGAAGGAGUUGUCCGCCUCCCGGAGACUGUACAUACGGCUGUGCGAUACACCAGCAUUGAAUUGGUUGGAGAGAUGAGUGAAGUCGUUGAUCGAAAUCCUCAGUUCCUUGACCCUGUGUUGGGCUAUUUGAUGAAAGGCCUGUGUGAAAAGCCCCUGGCUUCUGCUGCAGCCAAAGCCAUUCAUAACAUUUGCUCUGUCUGCCGAGAUCACAUGGCUCAGCACUUUAAUGGACUCUUGGAGAUUGCCCGCUCCCUUGAUUCCUUCCUGUUGUCUCCAGAAGCUGCUGUGGGCUUGCUAAAAGGGACAGCACUUGUCCUAGCCCGAUUACCUUUGGAUAAGAUUACUGAAUGUCUUAGUGAACUAUGUUCUGUUCAGGUUAUGGCAUUGAAAAAGCUGUUGUCUCAAGAGCCCAGCAAUGGCAUAUCCUCAGAUCCCACAGUGUUCUUAGAUCGCCUUGCAGUGAUAUUUAGGCAUACCAAUCCCAUUGUGGAAAAUGGACAGACUCAUCCGUGUCAGAAAGUCAUACAGGAAAUAUGGCCAGUUUUAUCCGAGACUCUAAAUAAGCACCGAGCUGAUAAUCGGAUUGUAGAGCGUUGUUGCAGGUGCCUGCGCUUUGCUGUUCGCUGUGUAGGCAAAGGAUCUGCAGCACUGCUGCAGCCACUAGUCACACAGAUGGUGAAUGUGUACCACGUACAUCAGCAUUCCUGCUUCCUGUACCUUGGUAGUAUCCUCGUGGAUGAAUAUGGCAUGGAAGAAGGCUGUCGGCAGGGACUACUAGACAUGCUCCAGGCACUGUGCAUUCCCACCUUUCAACUCCUAGAACAGCAGAAUGGUCUCCAGAAUCACCCUGACACUGUAGAUGACCUGUUCCGGCUAGCCACCAGGUUUAUUCAGCGUAGCCCUGUCACCUUGCUGCGGAGCCAAGUAGUCAUCCCUAUCUUACAGUGGGCCAUUGCCUCUACUACCCUGGACCACCGGGAUGCCAAUUGUAGUGUCAUGAGGUUUCUACGAGACCUCAUUCAUACAGGGGUAGCCAAUGAUCAUGAAGAAGACUUUGAAUUACGGAAAGAACUGAUUGGACAGGUGAUGAACCAGCUUGGACAGCAGCUUGUCAGCCAGCUGCUGCACACCUGCUGCUUUUGCCUCCCCCCCUAUACCCUACCAGAUGUGGCUGAAGUGCUCUGGGAGAUCAUGCAGGUUGACAGACCGACUUUUUGUCGAUGGUUAGAAAAUUCCUUAAAAGGUUUGCCAAAGGAAACAACCGUGGGAGCCGUCACAGUGACACACAAGCAACUUACAGACUUUCACAAGCAAGUCACUAGUGCUGAGGAAUGUAAGCAAGUUUGCUGGGCCUUGCGAGACUUCACCAGGUUGUUUCGAUAGCUCACACUCCUGCACUGUGCCUGUCACCCAGGGAAUGUCUUUUUUAAUUAGAAGACAGGAAGAAAACAAAAACCAGACUGUGUCCCACAAUCAGAAACCUCCGUUGUGGCAGAGGGGCCUUCACCGCCACCAGGGUGUCCCGCCAGACAGGGAGAGACUCCAGCCUUCCGAGGCCAUCCUGAGGAGUUCCUGUUUGGGGGUGUGAGGGAAAAUCAGCGCGGAUUUUAAAAAGAUGGCUGUGGCCUGCCCGGCGUGGUGGGAGGGGAGCUGGUUUCCUGGUGAACUUUCUAAAAGGAAAAAUAAUUUUAAGUAAAGAAAAAAAAGGAAGACUAAACAGAAACCAGAACUGAAACAUUUACCUGGUAGCAAAUGACACAUGCACGCACACACACAUACACGCACAAGUGCCAGUGCGCACGUGUACACGGAAAAACAGAAGGACAAGCUUUCUGUGAAACAAAAUAUUUACUUAGGGAUAAUGUGGGGAUUCACAUGAAUUAAAUAGCUGCAAUUGGAAGAAGAGGGUCAGGGUCAUUUGUUCAGGUUUUCUAUUGUUUUGUCCUCUCUUUCCUCUCCUACCCUUCCUUUCUCCCCUCCUUUUAAAUGCAAAUGAGGAGAAAUUUCUUCUACCUUCCCCAGCUGUUUCUUCCCACCUUUAGAGUUGUUUAGACAAGGAGGAGUAAGCAAGGAACUUGUUCUGCUUUCUAUCGUGGUCACAUUGGUGAUGCUCAGGACCUGCCAGGGUCAGAAUUUAUGGAUAUCUGAACCCUGACCCCGUUCAUUCUCUCAGUCCACUUCCAAUCCACAUCAGAUUGUUGUCUGCCUUGGAGAGAUGAGCCAAAACUCGGGUGGGCGGGGGGUGCAGGAUAUAAAUGUAUACUUUUUUUUUAAGGUUUUUUUCUUAGUGAAUUAUUCACCCAGAGACAUGAGAGAAAAAAAGAGGGAGGGUGUGUGGAGAAAAAAUGUUUACAGGGCUAACAAGGGAUGACGUGUCAUUUAGUAUUUUACUAAAAAGUGUGGAAAUGACUUGAUUUUAAGGGGAGGGUGAGGCCGAAGAGGGAAGCCCAAAACAGAUCUUAAUGUUUCAAAGGAGUGCAGCCCUUCACAGCCAUCAGAUAUGAGGGCACUGUUCUGUCUGGUGUUGUAGCCAUCUCAAGAACAAAUCAACAGCAACAAAAGAAAAAGAAUAAAUUUUUAAAAUUUAA